CUUUAUAUAAAUACAUCCAACAUGAGCAAUUCUACAAAUACUACUUCUGAUACUGCAAUAAAACAUGACACACCAGGUAUGAACAAUCAAACAUUAUCUGACAUAUCAACCUCCAUCGACGUAUCUCCGACAAAAACUGCCAAAAUGGAUACUAUAGAUAUUAAGAAUGACAAUAUCACUCAAUAUGAAACAAGGCCACGCGACAUGCUACCUGAUUUCCGGAAUUUCCGACAGAAUCAACAAGGUCUUCGAACUGAACUUGGUACCAAUGAUGCGCAGGAUAUUAUGCAUGCUUUAGCUCUUGCUCAACGGAAACCAAUGCCGUCAUCUUUAUCGACUUUAAAGCGUUCUAAAUCAACAACAUCACAAAAGUCAACAACAACAACAACAUCUGAAGAUCUUUCACAACAACAACAACAAAGAAUUCCUGAUUGGUAUCGUGUAGGUUGGACAGCAUUUUCAACUCGAACAAACCCUGGUGGUCCUCUACCUUUUUCGGCUACUGAAAAACCAAAAACAGAUGAUAUUCAAGUAUUGUUUAGUACUCUAUUUUAUCAUGAUUGGUGGAAACAAACUGGUGUGAUUUUUGCUAUUGGGAUUCUUUCUUGGUUCUUGGCUAUUAUGGGUGGAGGUCCUGUUACUUUUAUUAUUCUUUGUUUCUUUGUGGCAAGUUAUUAUUAUAUGUCAUCCAAACGAUUUCAACUUCAUGUUCGUGAUGAUAUUAAUCGUGAAUUGGUCAAUAUCCAUGUGCAAGAUAGUACUGAACCUGUCGAAUGGCUGAACAGUUUCUUGCAUAACUUUUGGUUGAUUUUUGAACCUGUUCUUUCAGCAUAUGUAGUGGAAAAUAUCGAUACUUAUCUUGUGGAUUAUUUACCUGGAUUCCUAGAUUCUGUACGAUUGACAACAUUCACUUUGGGAAACAAACCUUUUCGGAUCGAAAAUGUCAAAACUUUACAUACUGAAGCGGAUGUGGUGUGUAUGGAUUGGAUAGUGACCUUUGAACCAAAUGAUACAACUGGCAUGUCGAAAAAACAACUCAAAGAUCGUAUUAGUCCUCGUGUGGAACUCUCUAUUCGUCUGGGCAAAGGGAUGGUAGGUGCUGCAAUUCCAAUUUUGGUGGAAGAUAUGAGCUUCAAGGGUCAUUUACGUGUCAAACUUCAAUUUAUCAGCAAAUUUCCUCAUGUAAAAUUGGUCGAAGCUUGCUUUAUGGACAAACCUUACUUUGAUUAUGUAUUGAAACCUUUGGGAGGUGAUACUUUUGGUUUUGAUGUCAACAAUAUUCCAGGUCUUCAAGGUUUUGUUCGUGAUCAAGCCCAUGCUAUUCUUGGUCCUAUGUUUUAUUAUCCUAAUGUCUUUUCGUUUGAUUUGGAGAAAUUCUUUUCUGGAGAACUUGAUAUUACACAAGCCAACGGUGUACUUGCAGUUACUGUAUAUUCUAUUAGUACUGUGAAUCAUGGUGAUAUUCCUGGUGGUCAUCCCAAUAUGUACCUUCGAUUUUAUUUGGACAAGGCUCAAGAAUUAGGUCGAACGAAUGCUAUUGAUCAUUCUUCUCAACCUAAUUGGAAUGAAACUCACUUUUUACUACUAAAUAACUUGGACUCAAAACUGACGUUGGAACUCCGCAAUCAUGCUGCUGGUAAUGCAUUAAAGGAUCAUCGAAUUGCAAGAGGCCAUUUUCCAUUAUCAGAAUUGGGUGAAGAUGAUUAUACUGUUGAAAGAUUGGAUCUUGACUUGCUUCGAAAAGGAAAACGAAUCACAUCUUUACAAUUUGAAGCACGUUAUUUACCUGUAUCAAAACCAACUACCUUGGAAGAUGGCACAGUGGAACCUGCGAUUGAAUCAAAUUCUGGGGUCCUUCGUUUCACUGUUCAUGAAUGCAGAAACCUUAGAUCCAACAAGGUGAAUCCUUAUGCUGUAGUUAAGGUUAAUGGUGUACAACAAGUCAAAACGCCCGUCUUCAAGCGGAAUGCAAAUCCUAAAUUUGAACGACCUGGUGAAGUGGUGGUUUUGGAUCGUACAGAAGUCUCUCUUCAGGUUAAUAUCAUGGAUAGAGUUGAUUUUGGCGAAGAUACAGUUUUGGGCUCCUGGGAUUGUUACUUGGUACCCAUCAUGGAACAACAAAGCAACAAUGAUUACUGGUGGGAUCUACGUUUGAAUGACAAAACAUCUGGUCGACUUAGAUUCAGUGUGCAAUGGAAACCUGUCGUGAUGUCUAGUUUGAUUCAUGGACCUAUGGGACCUUCUGUUUACCGGGAGCCUAUCGGUGUGGUUCGUUUUUCAUUAUGGGAAGCUCGCGAUUUACGGAACGUGGAGGCUGUCACAGGUGGAAAAUCGGAUCCUUAUGUACGUAUUAUGUCUGGUUCUCAAAUACGUGCUCGUACUCAAGUGAUUGAUAACAAUCUUUAUCCUGAAUGGGGUGAAUUCCAUUAUGUACCUGUACAUUCUAUACGUGAAGAUUUGGUUUUAGAAGUAAUGGAUUGGAAUGCAAAAUCAAAAGACAAGUUAUUAGGUUCAACUACACUACGUAUCAAGGACUUGGUUCGACAAUGCUCUGGACCCAAAAAGGAUGAUCCUAACAAGUGGUAUGAACAAAUCGAAAAAAUUGACAAGUGGACUGUAUUACAAUCAUUAAACAAGAAAUCAACCAAAGGUGAACUUCGAUAUACUGCAGAAUUUUAUCCAACAUUGGCAUUAAGGAAGCCUGAAAAUGAUGAUCAAAAUGAAGUCAAAGAGGACGGUCAAGUAUCUAUGAAUGAAGGCAUUGACGAAAGCAAUACACAACAAGGCUCAGCAAAUCUGUCUCAGGAGGCAGUAUCGUCAACACCAAAAUUGAAUACACAUCAAGUAAAUUUGGAUAACGCCAACGAAAUGAUGGAUUUGAAUGGAGUACCUGUGAAAUGGACACCAGAUGGUCUUUUGGAUUUAAGUGCGUACAAUACGGGUGUACUGAAGAUACGGAUUCAUGAAGUACAACUCUCCAAAAAUGUUCACGCUUAUUGUGCAGUGAUGGUGGACAGUCUCUACUCUCAAUUCAAGACUUCGGCUAUUAAAGGUAGUCAUCUCGUAUUCAAUCAAGCAUCAGAUGCAUUUAUCAAGGAAGCGGAUUUUUCUAAGCUGGCGAUCGAAAUCAAACAUGUGGACUCGGAUGAGAAGAAUGACGAUCGGUAUGGCUAUUGGACAACUUCAGCAACAGAGAUCAUCCGUCAUAUACAGUAUCAAAAACGACACAACCCCAGCAACGGUGAACACCAAGAUCAUGACGAUGAACAAGAUGAUGGCACUCAAGGUGAAUGGUUUGAUUUACUGGAUACUCAAGGUGGACCUGGUCGAAUCCGAUUGAGUUUUGGGUAUAUUCCUCUUGUUCGAUUUGAAUUAAAUCCUGAUGAAAGUUUGGAAAAUCAAGGAAACUUGACAGUAACUCUACUAGGUGGAAAGAAUCUCAUGGCAGUGGAUAAAUCUGGUACAAGUGAUCCUUAUGUGGUAUUCACUAUCAAUGGUGAACGUGUGCAAAAGAGUCCUGUGAUCAAGAAAACUGUUAAUCCUACUUGGAAAAAUGUUCAAUUCACAGUACCCAUUUUAUCUCGGGUUACUGCAAGUUUCCGCAUUGAAGUCUUUGACUGGAAUCAAUUCCAAGGCGAUGCUCCCCUAGGAUCUGGUGGUAUAUCUAUUCGGAAUGAAUACGUCGAAAGUUUUGUUGCUCGUGAAGUUCGAAUUCCAUUGGAUGGUGUUGCUGGUGUAUCUGGAUUUGUACGUGUCCGCUUCCUUUGGCAACCACAAUUACUUACAACACGCAAGACUCAUACUUCCAUGUUGACAACUAUGAGAACAAUGACCUAUGGCGGAAGAACAACAUCCCUUUCUGGUUCAAAGGUCUUUGAUUUACCAAGCUCACCAUUACCACCAUCAAAUUCAUCAUCGAUAGCCAGUGGUAUAGGUCAUCAAAAAGAAUCAUCAACUCUGAAUGGACAUACUCAACAACAACAACAACAACAACAACAACAACAACAACAACAACAACAACAACAACAACAAAUGGAUAAUACCGUCAAACAAGUCAAUAACAUUAACCUAACAACAAUACCUCAUGGUACAGUGACUGUGUACAUUCUUGGUGCUCGUGGCUUACCUGGAGUAGAUAAGAAUGGUACUAGUGACCCGUUUGUUCAAGUCCGUCACCAUCAUCAUACCCUACAUAAGACAAAAGCAAUCAAGAAAUCGUUGGAUCCGGAAUGGAAUGAAUCUUUUCAAUUUGAACUGACCAAGCCUGAAGAAACUGUAUUGGAAUAUCAUGUCAAGGAUUACAAUAGGUUUAGUUCGUCAGUAGAAUUGGGAAUAUUUGAACAGGAUUUUGGUAAGUUUAUGGAAUUGUAUAGUCAAAAAUCUGUGGAUCAAUGGGUGUCUCUCAAACCUCAUGGUCAACUUCAUUUGAAAUUAAAUUUUGUACCUCAUUAAUUACACAUUUUAUCAAUAAACAAAUGUGAAAAUUCUUCCAAUUUGUAUCCACCUACAUACUUCUCUAACUCUUUUAUUGAUGAUCAUAUAUUUCAU